GAUUAUGCAAAAACUAAAAAUACAUGUAUGACUUUUGGCGAGUGAGAGGGAAUCUUCGAUAUUGACUUCUCAAAUCUCAACGUGAUUUAAAAUCUUUUUUACUUGUCUGUAAAAAGGACAAUUGAAAACAAAUGGAGAAUCCAUGGGGAAUAGUUAUAGCUGUCUCGGCAUUUUUUAUUCAAUUCUUAAUAUUUGGCAUCUGCCUUUCUUUUGGUAUCUAUGUUAUAGAACUACAAAAAGAGUUUGAGACCGGACUGUCCAUAAUUUCAUCUACUGGAUCCAUACACUUUGGUUUUCAACUUUGUACAGGACCACUUGCCAGUUUUCUAAUGCGGAAGAUGUCUUUCAGAAAAGUUUGUUUACUUGGUGCCAUCAUGAGCAGUGUUGGUCUCUCUGUUUUACCCUUUACUCCAAAUAUUCCAUUUCUUAUUGUUUUCUUUGGUGCAUUAACAGGUACCGGAUAUUGCUUUCUCUACAUUCCUUCACACACCCUAUCCGGACUCUGGUUUGAAAACAAUAGAGGUCUAGUCACAGGUAUCGUCACUUCCGGUUCCUCGCUAGGUGGCGUUGCGUUUCCAUAUCUGAUUGAAUUUUUAAUUGGAAGAUUUGGAUGGAGAGGUUCUUUUUUUAUUCUUGCAUCGCUGAAUCUUCAAACAGUCGUUUUCUCCAGUCUAAUGAGAGAAUCUCCAUUACAAAAGACGUGGAAAAAAUCUAAAACUAAGUAUAUAGCCAAUGAUCUCACCAACAGCACACAAACAAUCUAUACAAUCCAUGAUGAUGAUGAUGGAAAGAAAUUUCAAAAUAAUGGAUCAAUAAUUGAAAAUUUUGUUACAAGCCGAAAAGCUGCAGAUCAAACUAGAAUCGACGAACAAGUGAAGCAUAUUGUAAAAGAGUCAAGAACGAGGAAACUACUUACUAACUUACCAUAUGUUCUAUUAACGGUAAAUAAUUUUUUGUGGAAUUUUGGUGGCUCUGUACAAUUACUUCUUGGACCAGACUACUACAUUCAAGUUGGUUUUGACUUAAAACAAGCAGCUUUGCUCUUAUCCAUACAACAAGGCACAAUGGUGGUCGGUUGUGUUGUCGGUGGAAUUUUGGGUAAUUUUCGCAGCUUCAACAGAAACGGUUUAUUUUUAUUCUCAAAUCUUUUAUCGGGUUUCUGCAUAAUUGCCUAUACAUUUCCAGUCCUACAAACGAUGGCGGGUCUUGCUAUCAUUAACUCUGUGUUUGGAUUGAGUUCGGGGAUAGGUCUCGGAUUGAUCGUUAUCCUUGUAUCGGAUUUUGUCGGAAGUCAAUUGAUUGGGGACGGAAUGGGAUAUCUGAUGUUAGCAUGUGGAAUUGGAAUGUUCAUUGGGCCACCAUUAGGAGGUUACCUGAUAGAGAAGACAGACACCUAUGACGUCGCCUUCUACCUGGCCGGAUCUGUUACCCUGUUCAGUGGAGUCAUUUUGUUGAUCACUCCAAUCAGACACUGUUGCCAGAUGUCCAAGAAAUACCUUGUUUCCUCUGUCACCUAA